CGGGCUCCUGCUCCCAGCCGCCACCCCGUCGUCCGCCGGGCUUUAUUUAUCCCCGUCAGGCGCGUUUCCAAGCGCGGCUCCGCCGCUCCGGGCCCCGCUCCCCUCCUGAGGCGAGCGCAAGGCCGGCGCCCGCCGCGGCCCUCAGGGCCCUGAACCGCGGCCGCCUCAGCAGCGCGCAACGCCCGCCCCGCGCCGCCCCGCUCACCAGCGGCUGCCCGGCCCCGGAGGCCACAGAGCAGGGACCGAGACACCCCCCGCUAACGGCCGGUUCUCCUCCCGCUCGCCGCCAGGGCCGGGCGCGGCCGCUCCUCGCUGCGCCCGCGCAGCCGCCCGGGGGCGCGGAUUGGCGGCGCGGGGUGACGCGCGGCGGCCAUGGCGGGCGCGCACGGCGCCUUCAGCCUGCGGGAGGUUCUCGCCGCCUUCCAGACGUGCGUGACGGAGCGGCGGGAGGUGCUGCUGGGCCCAUACCUCAGCGGCUGGCGGGGGCUGGUGCGGUUCCUGCACGGCCUGGGCGCCAUCUUCUCCUUCAUCUCUAAGGAUGCGGUGGCCAAGGUGCAGAUCAUGGAGAGCUACUGCUGCGGCGAGCAGCGGGACAAGUACGUGUCGCUGCAGUCCAUGGUGGAGUACGAGCUGGCCAACGGGCUGGUGGAUGUCCAGAAGCGAGGGGAACACCCCGACUCGGGCUGCCGCACCGUGCUGCGGCUGCACAGGGCCCUGCGCUGGCUGCAGCUCUUCCUGGAGGGGCUGAGGACGGCCCAGGAGGAUUCCCGGACGUCUGUCAUCUGCACGGACUCCUACAACGCGUCCCUGGCUGCCUACCACCCCUGGGUGGUUCGCAAAGCCGCCACCGUGGCCUUCUGCGCGCUGCCCUCCCGAAACGCCUUCCUGGAGAUCAUGAACGUGGGCACGCCGCAGGAGGCCGUGGCUGUGCUGGGUGAGGCCUUGCCCUACAUCUGCGACGUCUACGGCAUCACCCAGGAGCUCUUUGCCCAGCAUAAGCUUCUUGACCUUCCGUGAGAGGAGGGAUGUGAGGAGCCACGCCGCGUUCUGCGGCACAAGGGGGGUGAACUGGUUCUCACAGACAUGCAAGCGCCCGGUUCUCUGGCUGGGGUCACCCUCCUUUUCCUUUUCCAGGAUGGAGCUGACAAAUUGGCAAAGCUAUUCAGGGUGCCUCACUUUAUCAGAAGGAAAUGUGCCCAUUUGUUGAUGUGUGUUUAUGUAGAGCCUCAGCUCGGUGGUAAAAACCCCACUGUUAGCGUGCUGAAGGGAUUCUUUGCCCUUCCUGGGCUCACCUCCAACUCUCCAGCUAGGCUGGGAGGAGAGGGGUUGGUUUCUUUUUUUUUAAGCCAAACUGCAACUUCAGCAGCUCCUUCCUGUGCAUUUACACCAAUAGUUGGGACCUUAUAUGACAGCACAACUUUAAGCUGGUGCCUGAACACAUUUACACUACGUAUGAGCUCACUUGGCCACUUUUGUUUACAAGCUGUUCCCUGGAACAGAUCCAGGGAGGUUAAUGCUCUGUUAUUCUUUAGCCUUGAAUAUAAUCCUUGAGUAAUGUGUGUGUGAAAGGAAGCUCUUUCCCUGGUGGUCACAAACUCAUUUGAUUACUGAUGCUAAUUCUGUGUCCCCUAGAAUUAGAGGAGGAAAUGGUGGUGUAUGUCAGUACUGUAAGAGAUCAUUCUUCCUUUGUGCAUGGACCCGCUGAGCAGGACCUUCCUCCUGUGUAACUUCCCUUAAUCUGUGCUUUAUGUGUUGUGGGAUGUGCAGCAGCGCUUGGGAGGUACUGCACAAUCCUACCUCUCCAGCUCAGGCAGCAGGCUGCACCUUAUCCCUUUUUCCAGCCAUGCUUCUAAACUUGUCAUUACUUAUAUUUUUUUAAUGAAUGUGUCAAAUGCCUAUCUGGGGAGAAACCCAAACCUGUACUGUAAAGCACUACUUAGGCUGAUGGCUUCUAUUGCAAAUCACUGUAUGUAAUGGCCAGUCUGUGUGUUACCCACACCAAAGCAUGGAAACUGGAGUUUACUUGGCUUUCUGAAAGCUGAUACAGCACUACUUUGUUAGUUCAGGAUGACACAAAUAUUUGGGGGAGGAGAGAGAAUCCCACAGUCUGUUUUGAUUGUAUCUCAGACAGGAGGAAUUAUGGCCUAAUGUAACACUGUGUGGUUCAGGAAAUCACUCUUACCUCAUGGACAUGACACUAACUGGACAUUAAAUUAUGUGAAUAA